CCAAAACCAAUCAUCAAUGGAUCCAAAAUCGAACCUAAAGUAUGGUUUGCAAAUGAACGUACUUGGCUUAAUUGGUGUCGAACUGGACUUUUACUUGGAACUUUUGGAAUCGCACUGGUCAACUGCUCACCUUCCACUGGUGCUCGUCUUCUAGGUGUGGUAUAUACUGCGAUCGCGGUGGCAACAAUAAGUUAUGGAUGGAUAGUUUACCAGAAACGAAUUCGAAUGAUUAAAGAUAAAUUCCCAGGCCAUUUUGACGAACUGUUAGCACCAGUCUUCAUUGCAUGUGCUCUCUUUCUGGCUAUCUUGUUGAAUUUUGUCUUUCGA